UGUAUUUCUACAUUUGUGCGUAACUUUGUCCAUUGUGGUUAGGCUCACAGCACUGUGGGGACAGAGCAUCCUGAAAACAUGGAAGCACAAAGUAUUUGGUCCAUGCAUGACCAUUUUUCCGUAGGAACGCAAACGAGAGCACGGGGGAGGGCGGUGGACGUUGCGCGUGUGUCCCACUGACCUAGAAACCGGCUGCUCCAUAAACACGGUGCGUGCGCGCACUGGGUCCAACGCUGUGCUGUAAAAUAGGUCAGUGGGGCGGCAACGGUGUGUGCGUGCGCGGGUGUGUGUCUGUGAUAGAGUGCGUCUGAGCAAGUAGGGAGGAAUUAUAGUGCCUACCAAAAAUAGUGUGCUUGGGUGAGGGAGGAGUUAAGGAUUCCAAUUGGGGGGCGAGACAGGAAUUUACCAGCACUGCAGAGGUACAAAAAAAAGAGCGAAUACGUCAGCAUCAGAAUAUUAGAUUAAACUGGGCUAUGAAUCACUCCAGUGAUGCACUUAUACGCAUCAAAUGCACUCACAUUUUCCUGAAACACAAUGAGAAAGGGAGGAAGAUUUCAAAAUUAGGGAUUCUGCUCUUACACCACAAGGAUUGUCUGAAGUGGUCCAGCUUUUGUACUAAUAUCACUCAUCAGCUAUAAAACAGAGAAUGAGGUACUGUGCAGUUCAGACCGAAGGUUGCCAGAUUGUCAUCACAGUCAAAGAUCAUUUUAGAAUAUGCUGAGCUAAAUUCAGACACCUAGGUUUCUAUAAAUAUAGUGUCUGUAAACCUUCAUUUAAUGGUAGAUUAGUGACUUAGGAUAGGAAUGAUUUUCAAAGAAUAAGUAGGAAGCCAUAACCGUCCACAUGCACAUUUGUGUUAUUGGUUCCCCCAGCUUGUUUACUUUUCCUCUUCCAAGAAUAAGUGUCCACAAUUCAGAAAAAAGAGCUUGAGGUCCAGUCAAACACAGUUAUGCACCGUUCUACAUGGAUGGUGUUUACAACUGGAUGCCUCCCAGCAUGUGUUCUCCCAGUCACAUGUAGGGAAAACUGUUACGCCUCCAGUCUUCCUUCCAACCUAAAGGCCAAGUAGGCCAGUAAGACUAUGAGAUAGUAUGUUGGCUAGACUCUUAAUUACAGGGGUUAAUGCCGAAAUCAAAAUAGCCCAUGAAAACUGAGUCCACACCAACUUGCCAGAGACUAGGAUGCUCUUCAGAUUGUAUGACCACUUGUGUGCAUGUAAUUUUUUUUUUUUUUUUUCCUGAAACAAAAACGUUCUUAUUUGGUUUUCAGACUGAUGCUUAGUAUUGCAAGAAGUUUGGGAGCAAUGUGAGGCAGUUUCAGAUUCCUGGCAUUGCUGAACAGGGAGUGGUGGAAUUGUAAAGGGGCAAAGUGUACUUAGUUUGGGAGUAGGUCAGCUUUUUAUAAGCCGAGCAUGCAAUGGGUAUUGCAUCACAAUUAGUUAUGAUUAAUUAUUAAACAUUUGCACAUUAGUCUGCUAGUCUUGCUUGUGACUAAACCUGCCUUUCUCUCUUUCCCAAUCAAAAGUUUUACGUCGCUUCACAUUGCACAAUAACCUACGAGACACGCACUCACGUUACAAUACUUUAAUUAACUCACUGUGAUUAUUAGGCUACUGUGACGUGAUUAUUGAACAUUCGCGCGUCUGAGGAAGGUCUGUCUCUGUUCGCCACUGAACAUCGUGCAACCGAACAACCCCUCGCGUGGCAUUGGAACGCAUUAUCCUAUCGGGAUAUCCUAUUUUACAACCAUACGCGUUGUAAGAAACGCUGACUUGCAACUAACUUAUUGAAAUGCAAGGGAACGGUGCCACCGCAAUGCACAGACAUUAACUGACCCCGCAGCCACUCUUGCGUUUGGAUUUCGUAAUGAUCACCACCUCCCCCACGCCACGACCGUCUCGCCUUGACAUUGAAUGUGAAUAUGUAUGCAAUGCACAAUAAAUACGAGAUAAUCUGUUGCUACCUUACAGUUCACGAUAUGCCAAAAUAAACAAAGAAAAAAUCAUUGAAAACCAACGAAUUCGUCAGUCAGCGAAGCAUUUGAGAGGCAUGCAGACCCCAAGUCCGUUUCCAUGUGAACAAUAACAUGCCCUGACCACGUUGCAAGGUGGUCAGAACGGCUGAAGGCUCUGUGGCAGAGCAUACACUCAUAUGGCUUCUGUCCCGUGUGUUUUCGGAAGUGUCUCGUCAGCUCAUCCGAACGGGCGAACUUCCACCCGCAACCUUCCCACGUGCAGUGGUACGGCUUUUCACCUGAGGACAACAGAAAUACAAGAAGCUGCUGAAUACUCUGCUCCACCGGCUCCUACACUGACCCAGACAGACGCCAGAGAUUCAUCUGUGGAGUUGUUGUGCCAGGCUCCAGAAGGUUAUGGUGGACUUGUAUUUAAACUUUUCAAAAUACACCAGCUGAUAGAUAAAGUUGAGCAUUCAAACGAACAGCAAGGGGCUCGCUUUAUUCUUAGGGGAAAAGAUACAGAAAAAGAGAAUCUGUAUUGCUGUCAGUUUGACAGCAGCAGGAUCAGUUUCUAUAUGAAGCCAGAGCUGAAAGUAGUCUCAGUCAGUCCCCCUCCAUCCCCUCACCUGGUGGUCGAGCCCUCUGGUGGGCAUGUCAUUCCUGGUGACACACUGUCAUUCCACUGUCAGGCUCCACCUGACCCUCAGAAACAGCCUCCUGAGGCUUUUCUCUUGCUCCGGAGAGCCAAAGGAACCCAGGGCUCCAUGGUGGCUCCAGCUCAGCUGGUGUCUCAGUCCCAUGAAGCUCGCUUCAGUGUGAAGACAAUGGGACGGGAGGAUGGUGGGGAGUAUGUCUGCCUCUACCAACUCAAAUCCUCAAACACGGGACAAGUGAACUCCACAGCCAGUCAGCCGGUACACAUUACUGUCAUAGAGCUCCCAGUCCCCACUCUGUCCUUGUCCCGACACAAGGGUGAAGUUCUGGAGUGUGUUGGGUCACCCUCAUAUCCGCAAGGCUUCUUCUAUUUAUUUCGUGUGGGAAUCCUGUCACCUGAGGCGACCCAUCAGGCUUCCCUGACCCAAUACAGUGCUAGAUUUCCCAUACCCACGCAUUAUGAACAUGGUGCACAGUAUCAGUGUCAGUACCGUGUGUCACUGGGCAAAUCCAAUGUGUUCUCUAAAAUGAGCUCACCAGUAACUAUUCCAUGCAUUACAGGAUAUCAUGAAUGCACUCCGAACUCUAUAGGCAGCACAGAUCUGGCUCUGAUUGUUGGCUCUGUGUCUGCGGGUGUUCUGUUCCUCAUGGUGGUGGCCAUCUUGGGCUUUGCUGUGCACAGACAUCUCAAAAACAUGUCAGAGAGAAGGAGACAAAGAGAUCAAGAAAAAUUCUGGCAACAUGUUCACUCCAGAGAUCACAUUGUUGACCUCACUCUGCAGCGUGUUGACAUCGAAUCUGAGGGCAGUGGACAAACACUUAGAGGAAGACCCUCAUUUUCAGAGCCAAUUUACGACUAUCCCAUGGCAACCUUUAAGAAUCCCUCACUUUGAUGAUCUAUCUAUCUAUCUAUCUAUCUAUCUAUCUAUCUAUCUAUCUGUCUAUCUAUCUAUCUGUCUAUCUGUCUAUCUAUCUAUCUAUCUAUCUAUCUGUCUAUCUAUCUAUCUAUCUAUCUAUCUAUCUAUCUAUCUAUCUAUCUAUCUAUCUAUCUAUCUAUCUACUGUAUCUAUCUAUCUAUGCUACAGCAUAUUUUGGGCUACAUUUUGUGUUUGACACAUUCUGUAUAACUUUAAAGUUUAUUUAAAAGCGGAAACAUUUUGUAUAUUUGUAAAGUAAUGUAUAAUGUAUGUACUGUAGUUUCUGUAGUUCAUGGUAUUUUUUUACUGAGAUUUGAAUUUUUCUGUCAGUAGGGGGCUCUGGACAUCCAGAUAUAAUGUGAGACUGACAUUUCAGUAAAGCACUGGCAGUUUUGAGUGUUGGACAUUUAAAUCUUUCCAAAUCGUUUUAUAGAUUUAAUCACCUAAAGCUUAAAAGUGAACUUUUUUUUUGUUGUUUUUUUAUACUAAUGUCACUUAGUUCAAGUGGUUCUUAAGAACUUCUUUCAGUUCCCCUUUGCUUAUCAUGAAAUUUAAGAGGAAAUUAAUUUGACAGUCAUGCCAGAACAACAAUCCAGUAAGAAAAUUAAGCAUCUAUUAUUUGAUACUAGUUUUUAAGACUUUAUUUUUGUUCCCAUCUAUGUUUCACAUAGCCUGAAACUACAUGAUAACAUUAUGAUUAGCAAACCAUAAACCAUUUAUAGCUCUCUAACAGUCUGAGAUAAUCAAUCGUAAUGGCAUAUGGUUGACUGAAGUUUCUCUGCUUUGUCCUCUGAAGCACCUUUAAGACGUUUUCCCAAAAAUGAAAUUCUGUCACUAUUUCCACGGAAGAGGAUAUUUUGAAGAAUGUUGGUAACCGAAGCACUUGACGGUAGCCAUUGAAAAAAGUAUAUGGAAGUCAAUGGCUACCGUCAACUGUCUGGUUACCAACAUACUUCUUGUUUGUUCAACAGAAGAAAGAAACUCAUACUUGAGGGUGAGUUAAUGAUGACAAAAUUGAUUUUUGGGUGUACUGUCCCUUUAACCCUGAGUUUACAAAGAAACGCUUAGAACUGGCAGGAACAAAACAACGUUCGGCCACCAGACUACUGUAAAUCAAAUACCAAUUAUAUGUCUAGAAACUACCCAUGCGUCACUAAUCAUAUAGUUUUGUUAUCCUAAGAAUACUUCGUCACAAAGAAUAGUAUUGUGUAUUGGUCUUAAAGGUCAUCUGGAUUAACCUCAUUGAAGACUGAAAGCAAUGGGCAGCUUUUUUUCCAGUGGUAUCGAUGAGCCGCUGCCAUAUUUGAAAUGAGCAUUCCCAUGCAGCCUUAGCUAAUUGUGCUGAGAAAGAGUGAAUGAAUAAUUCACAGGCAACUAGAGGGUCAGUAAAGCGUGCUGCGUGUGUGUUGUGUUCUCACUCACGACUAAUCUCGCUCGGCUCCGACGUUUUCUUUGUACCUUUCCUACAGUACCAUCAUCACCAUGGCGACGAAUUUGAAUGCCCACUGGCAUGUUGAGUCACGGCAGUCGGGCAUUCAUACCUCACAGCACGGGUUGAGUGUGCAGAAGCUUUGAAUGGACUGUGAUGUCACUGAACAAGCAAAGGUCUUUUGCAGGGAAGCUGAAUGGAAUGCUAGAACGUCGCCCUCUUUAAUUGUUAUUUUGAAAAUCAAAGCCAUAGAUAUGGCGUAAGCAUUACAUCCUGGUCAUUGUGUCUAUUGUGAAGUCACUUAUCUAGUUUCGGACUCCAAGGGCCAAAUCUCUAUCACAAUACUAACAAUGAGUCACAUUCAGCAAUUAUUCGGUGCAUUCGCAAAUAACCAAAAAAGCUAAUGUUAAUCACAUUUUUAUUUAUUUUAUCAUUUUCAUGUAUGCAUCAAUAAAGCCUUUUCCCAGUAUAAUUGAGCUUUUCUAAUCAGUAAUGAAAUAUCUAUCAAAUAAUGUUUAUUUAAAUAUAAUUCUUAUAUCAUCUUACAGAAUUCCAGGCUUUUAGACUGUUUUGUUGCUAUGAGAUGAGCAGCUAUGUGAACUGAUUAUAAAUAUUUGUAUAACUAAAUCAGAAAAUUACAUAAUCAUUUCACUGAAAUCAUUUGAGCCCAUGUAACAACAAUAAACACUGCCAUACCUACUACCAUUAA